AUGCAUAUCUCUCUUGUUUCUAUUACUUCUUUGCUGAGCCUCAUUGGGGUAGCCUCAACCCAUUUCGUUAAUAGCUGCCACACAUGCGAAGUGAAGAACUACCACCUCACAUGCGUUUGCGCAUUCAUGAACAGUGCUGGGCGUGGCACUGCGGGGCAAACCAGCGGCGUUAACUUGAAUAAUCAUAUCGGCAAUAAUGAUGGAAAUCUACACUGGGGAUCUAUGCUCCUCCACUACCAAGACAGCAUGCCUUUGAGCUUUUAUGCUAAUUUGGCCGGUUUUACAUCUUCAUGCAGAGAAUACCAUUUUGACAAUGUCAGAAUGAUUUGGCAUGCUGUAUGCGACAGGAGAGAUGGAAGCUACCACAGAACCGCCAUUGAUUUGAUGCACUACCUAGCAUCCCCAAGUAGUGUGCUUGUAUCUAGGUUGAAAAGGGAGGGAUGUCUGUUAUUGGAAGUGAGGUGUUGCAGUUAUUCGACCCUGCGAAUGACUGAGUCGACGCAAGCAUGGGCCGAGUCGGUGUCUAACGGUGCAUUGAAUUAUCUAGUCUCGUCCAGGUUAGCUGAACCGGCGACGCUUGAUAUAUGCUUCGAUACAUGCUCGAUGAGUAGCAGGCGAGUAAGAAGCAUAAUGGUCCAGAAAUAA